CUCUUUUUUUUUCCGCGUACUAAAACAGGGAAGGGGAAAAAAACACACACGCACACUAGCCAGCGGCAGGAGAAGGAACGGCGUGGGGGGCGCUAAGAAAGGGAAAGCCAGCCAAAGGUUCCCGGCGACCGGGAGAGGAGACUGCAGCGAAAGCCAGCGGUGGUCUUCAGACCGAGGGGGGCGUCCAUGGAGCCUCGCGUCGCGUUCGUUGAAGCUUGGAGCGCUCGUACGAAGAAGGAUUAUUAGCAGAGUCAGCGGACUCGACGUGCCUUGUCGCCAAGUUCCUCCUUGCAAAAUGGCUGGUCCGCAAACCAUUCCUCAGGCUUUAUACUUGAGCAACAUGUUGAAAGCUGUGAAGAUAAGGGAGAGCAUGCCUGAAGACCUCAUCAAGUGCACCAAUGGAAUAAUCAUUCAUUUUAAGAGUAUGCACAGGUAUACUGUAGAGUUGUUCAGGAUGUGCCAGUUUUGCCCUCAGUUCCAAAAGAUACUUCAGAAAGCCCUUAUUGACCAAGCGACCCAGACCUCAUUGGAACGACAGAGGAAGCUGAACUGGUGUCGAGAGGUUAAGAAACUUGUGCCAUUGAAGACCAAUGGUGAUGGAAAUUGCCUCAUGCAUGCAGCAUCCCAGUAUAUGUGGGGCAUCCAAGAUGUUGAUCUAGUACUAAGAAAAACCCUGUUUAGUGCACUUCGGGAAGUCGACACACGCAACUUUAAACUGCGCUGGCAACGGGAGACUCUUAAAUCACAGGAGUUUGUGGCAACAGGGCUCUGCUAUGAUACCAGGAACUGGGACGAUGAAUGGGACAACCUCAUCAAAAUGGCAUCUGCAGAAACAUCAGUUGCCCCAAAUGGGCUUCAGUAUAAAUCAUUAGAAGAAAUCCACAUCUUUGUCCUUGUUAACAUCCUAAGAAGGCCAAUCAUCAUUGUUGCAGACAAGGUGCUUCGAAGUUUGGAAUCAGGCUCAAGUUUUUCCCCUCUAAAUAUUGGUGGAAUUUACUUGCCCCUCCAUUGGCCCGCAGAAGAGUGUUACCGUUAUCCCAUCGUCCUUGGCUAUGAUAGCAUGCACUUCACACCGCUGAUUGUUUUGAAGGACAGUGGCCCUGAGAUCCGGGCAGUCCCAUUGGUUAGUUGUGAAAGAGGCAGGUUUGAAGACGUGAAGGUCCACUUUCUAACUGACUCUGAAGAAAGGGAGAAAGAAAAGCUGUUAAGAGAAUACUUACUGGUGAUAGAAAUUCCUGUGCAAGGCUGGGACCCAGGGACAACGCAUCUUAUAAAUGCUGCAAAGUUGGAUGAAGGCAACUUGCCUAAAAACAUCAAUCUAGUAGAAGAUUACUUUCGGCUGGUACAGCAUGAAUACAAGAAAUGGCAAGAAAAUGUGGAACCUUUUGGGAGGGAAACGUGUGCAAGGAACAGGCUGGAGAUGUCCCUCUCUCAGCUUUCUCUUGUGGAAGUGAAAUGUGAGACACCAAACUGCCCAUUCUACAUGUCUGUGAGUACCCAGCCCUAUUGCCAUGAAUGCUUUGAACAGAAGAAGAAAGGAAAUAAGCUAAGGAGGCAGAACUUCCGAGCAGGCUCUGAGAAAUUCCAGGCAACUGGAUCCAGUUCAGCUAAGGGUGAACCGUGUAACCCUGCUGUACGGACAUCGGUAGACCCAGUGACAGGGCCUCACUCCGCGCCCCCUACAGCUCCAAGCCUUUUUCUGUACAGUGAAACCACUGCAAUGAAAUGCAGGACCCCAGACUGUCCUUUUACAAUGAAUGUGCAAUACAAUGGACUCUGUGAACGCUGCUACAACUCCAGAGAUGUCAGCCCUUGCAGGAACCCAGACGAGCCCCAACAUUCGGACUGUGUGACGUGUACGUUCUGCCUUAAUGAUACCAAUAGGACCUUCAACGGCAUGUGCAGUGCUUGUUUCAAAAGAGCAAGAGACCGUUUGCCACACACCAGUUCGGGCCAUCAGAGAUCAUCCUCUGAUCCGUCCCACCUAUGUCAGAGCCUCCAUCAGCAUUCCUGCCACGCAACAAGCAGCAGCAAUGUGGUGGAGGUGCCACACACACCUCAGAGGACUGAAGAACGGAAGGGAAGCAGUAAAUGCAGGAAACCUGGCUGCAGCUUUUUUGGCACUCCCCAGAAUGAAGGCUUUUGUACAAUAUGUUAUUUUGACUACAGGGAAAAUAAAGAUGCUUCAUUGCUCCAUCGCAGAAGGUCCCAGCAGAACUCCCCUACCUCUGAGCAUUCUGGAACCUUGGCUGCUGUGUACCAGAACACUGUUUUCUGCCUUGGUCAAGAGUGUGGCACCACCGGGAGCACAAUGCUUGAGGGAUACUGUCCAAAUUGUUUUAUUGAAGCACAGAACAAGCGUUUUCGUGAAGUCAGAAGAACUGAAGACCAACUAGUGAGACAACCAGAACAAACAGGACAACACAGAGAAUCAUCCCAGCCAGCUGCCAGCUCUCAGAAGCGAAAAUGUGCCGCACCUUCAUGUAGGAACAACUUAGCCUCCAGGACUGGGGAACUGUGUCGAGAAUGCCUGCAGGCCAGUCAGCGUGUGCGAUCUGGCCAUCCUCGAAGAGAACCUUCUUCCGAGGAGCUUCCAAAACAGCGCUGCCGAGCCCCUGCCUGUGAUCACUAUGGCAACAACAAGUGCAGUGGCUACUGCAACGAAUGCUACCAGUUCAAACAGAUCUAUGGUUAGCAAGAGUGAAAACAGAAUAAAAGCCCUUGCGAGAAAAAGAAGGGAAAUGGUGCUAUAUCCAAAACACUCAACUAGCCCUACCAUGCUAUGGUCUUUUCACUAGGUGUGAAAAAGACAUGGGCCUUUGUGGGGAAAACGAUAAGCUGCCUUUGUACAGAUAUGUAGAUAUAUAACAUAAUAUGUAGAUACACUCGGGCACACAGAAUAAAUACUUGUGUGCUCCAGAAUCCUGGAACAGAAAAGCAGUGUGCUUUCAGAGCAGUUCAGAACUACAGGAAGUUUUUACUGAAUACUUGACUACAGUCUCCAGUCCCCUUGCAGACAUUGGCUGUGUGCAGAACAUGCCGUCUUAAGAGAUGAAUGGAGAUGGCAUUCCUUGUGCACCCUUUUCACUGGUAGCUCUUUCAGCCCAUCCGAGUGCAAAGAAACUUGAUGGAUUGUUCAGGACGAAGAGCUUGUUGCAUGACAACUGUCUUGUAGCAGGAAGGCUGCUGCCUCUCGAAAUGCUGAACUCUUCUCCAAUGUUGUGAAAGUUAAACUUGAGUGUAGAGGUGGAGCCUUUAAAGUGAAUUCCCUUUGUGUUUAAGGAUUUGUUUUUGCUUAGAAAAUAUUUGGCCAAAGUCUUCAGUUUUCACUGUUUAAUUUUUACUUUCCUAGUGUGUUCGGUGAGUCCAGUCUUCUCUUCUGUUUUCUUUCAUGCAGACGCUUUGUCCUUCAUAAAGAGUUGUGUGUUGAUGUUGGGAUGUGAAUGGCCGUGACUUCCUGGCACAAAAUUGUUUCUGAUUAGAGCUUUUGAGUGCAGUUUGCAAAGCUCUGCACAAACUCCCUCCACUUCACUGAUAUUUGUGCUCAGCAUUCAUUAGAGGUGGUCCCCAUUUAUCUCAGACUGUAUUAUCUAUCAGAUCGAUGCACCUCUUCCUGUGUUAGAUAACAGAAGAAUCGAUAUUAUGAGCCCUUCUCUAAAAAUCCUCCCUUCUCCUCUGCUCCUUGUAAUCCCCACCUCCUUUCCUCUAGGAGAAUGGCUUGCAGAAAACAACACACACAAGUCAGAUCUUAUAUAUAAUUCAUUAUUAGCUGUCUAUGAAAUAGUUCUUAAAUCCCACAAUUGUUGGACUUUAAAUAAUAUAACAUCAUGAAAUUUUAUCAAAUGUGAACAGGUUAAAAUAUUUAUAUUAUUUCAACAGUAUGAUUUGAACUUUGCACAUUUUAAAGGUUUUUAGUAUAAUAAUUUAGACUUAUUUCAUUCCCCCCGCCCGAAAUUCUGUAAGUGUAUAUAAGUAGGAGA